AGAAAUGGAAGUUUCAAGACAGCGCUAAACCAGUAGUAAAAAUCUGCAAAAAAUCAUUUAUUAAUACAGUAGAAACAAAAAACGCGCGAAGUGAAAUAAAAAACCCUAGAAAUGGCGGAGAAAUUGGCCCCAGAAAAACGUCACAGUUUCGUUCACAACGGUCAAACGGUAUUUGAAUGGGAUCAAACCCUGGACGAAAUAAACAUGUACAUAAAUUUACCGCCAAAUGUUCAUUCCAAGCAAUAUUACUGCAAGAUUAAUUCUAAACAUGUUGAAGUCGGCAUCAAAGGCAACCCUCCUUAUCUAAAUCAUGAUCUCACCUGUCCUGUGAAGACGGAUUCUUCUUUCUGGACCUUGGAGGAUGAUUUAAUGCAUAUAACACUGACGAAAAGGGACAAGGGUCAGACAUGGGCUUCGCCUAUAUUAGGUGAGGGUCAGCUGGACCCUCACACCACUGAUCUUGAACAGAAGCGGCUCAUGCUUCAGAGGUUUCAAGAAGAGAACCCUGGUUUUGACUUCUCGCAAGCACAGUUUACAGGUAGCUGCCCUAACCCAAGGACCUUUAUGGGUGGAAUUCGCUCUGACUGACAAUCAUGGUAUGCUGCUUUGGCUAUUUGCAUUGAUCCUGUUAUAAAUUCAGACCAUCUUUUCAUAAAUAAAACAAUCUUGUGUCCAUCGGUGUUUAUGCAAUCUCUGUAACAACUUUAUUGACCACAUAUAAUGUUUGUGAUCACUUGUGCACUAGUUAUUGCCCUCUUUUAUACCAACAUGGAAUAAAUGAUAAAAAAUGCCUACCUCCUCA